UUAAAAACAAAUCAACUAUCCAUUAAAGGAGCCACUGCUGUUUCUGAAUAGAAGGAAUCAUGCAUAUGGUUGUGCCCGUCUAGAACCUAAGGACCUCUCGCACCCACACCCAACCACCCACACAACCACAGAAGAUGUUCAACUUCAUGAAGAAGAGCGCCGGCGACGAGGAGAAGGAGCGCCGCAAGCGCGAAAAGAAACUCCGCAAAGAGGCUAAAGGGAUCGGCGGAGGCACCAACGGUGGCGGCAUCGGCAUUGGUGGCGUCACCGGCAGCAUGAGCACCGACGAGCUGCUGCGGCUUGACGAGGUGCGUCGCUCCCUGAAGAUCCGUGGCCGGCGCAAGGAGAAGGAGAAGCUGCCCAGCGGCAUCACAGCGGACUACAGUGCGGAUUUCUUUGCGGCCCUGAAUGCAGAUGCAGUGGCCAACAGGAGCGCAACAGCAGCAGCUCCUGGAACUGCUGGCGGAUCGGAGCAAGAUCGUGGCAAUGAGGAAAUUGUAGCAUCUGUGAUGACGCAUAUCGAGAGUCGCUCGUCCAACGGCGCUGGGGUCAGUGUCAACUACAGCGAGGUCACACAUUCCCUGCUUGCCGGUGGCCUAAAGAACCGCUUUCUGCCGCCUGUGCCACCAAAGCCGCCAAAGCGUGGCAUUCUGAAGGGUUCCCGCAGCAACAUGACCAAUGUGCACGAGGAGCUCACGUUCCCAGCGGGCGGCGGCAGCGGCGGAGGUGGAGUCACCACUGGUGGUGGCACACCAGAAAUGCUGAUGCGCAACACCAUCCAGAACGAGCUGCUGUACGAGGGAGCGGCACGCGGAGCAGCCGGUUCGAUUGGCUCCAAUUCCAGUCAGCACGGUACCUCCUUCACCUCCGUCGAGAGCCUGCGUAGCGACGGCGAUCAACCGCAUCAGCAGCGAGCUAUGACCCUACCGGCCAAUGCCCGCUACGGAGCGCCUCCGCAGGUGCCGCAGCUCCAUGUGCUAACAUCGCCGUCGCCCAGCGCCGACAGUCUCACAGAUACCACAAACUCCUCGUUCGCCACGCCCCCCUUCUCGCUGAGUCCCAUUGGCGAGUCGCAGGGCAUCGAUCGCUGGGCCCGGGUGCAUGCCUUCGAGGAUGUUCUGCUGCCCCUUCCCCCAGUGCAGCUGGUGCAUCUGCCACCGCCCCGCCAGCUGGUCAUUCGACGGCAGAAGUCGCCGCGCCAGGAUUUUGGUUUCAGCCUGCGCAAGGCCAUCUGCCUGGACCGCACCGAGUCGCUGACGUCGCCCAUCUUUCGGCCGGUGAUCUUCGCCGAGCCCGGUGCUGGAGGCGGCGCCACGGGUCUGCUGCCAGGCGAUCGUCUUAUCAAAGUGAAUGGUACGCCCGUGGGCGACUUGUCCAGAGAGAUUAUCAUCGAGAUGAUCAGGAACAGCGGCGACGCUGUCACCGUUGAGGUGCAGCCUGUGGCCGAAUUGGUGGAGCUGAGCAAGCGAUGCAUGGCACCCAUUACGGCCACCGUGGAGGAGAUCGAUCAUUCCAUUACCAACGGCAACUGCAACACCCUCCGGCGCAGUGCCAGCAAGCGAUUCAAGCGUCAGAGCCGCCACGAGAAUAGCCAUGGAGGCGGAGAAGCAGGAGGCACCUCUCCAACAGCUGUUGGCGGAGGGGAGCUGGAUGCAACGGAUAGGACAGAUGCUGUCGCCACCGUACAAGCAGAGCGGGAGCCAGAGCGUUUGUGGCUGGUCCAUCGCGGAGGUUUCACUGCAGCCAUACGCCUGCCACAGCCAACAACCGUAGGAGGAGGCCAUGAGGAGCCCCACAAGCUGCUGGUGCGAUUGCUGCACAACGGGGAGCAGCUGACCGUCGACGAGGACGAUGUGGAGAAGCAGAAUAACCCCGCCCUGGACCUAUGCGAGGACAUCUGCGAGCUAAAGUAUCUGAACGAGGCCUCGGUGCUGCAUUGCCUGCGACAGCGGUAUGCGAGCAACCUCAUCCACACCAAGGCGGGGCCCACGCUGCUCGUGGUCAAUCCGAUGGCCCCGUUGUCCCUCUACUCCGAGAAGGUUGUCUCCAUGUUCCGGGGCUGCAAGACGGAGGACAUGCCGCCCCACGUCUACUCGCUGGCCCAGACCGCCUACAGGAGUCUGGUCGAGACGCGACGCGACCAGAGCCUCAUAUUCAUGGGCCGAUCUGGUUCUGGCAAAUCCACAAGCUUCAAGCAUGCUUUAAACUACUUGGCGUUGGCCGCUGGUGCCUACAACAAUUUCAUAAAUGCCGAAAAGGUCAAUGCCUUGUGCACCAUUCUGGAGGCAUUUGGCAAUACAAGAACCUGCCUCAAUUCGAAUGCCACACGCAUGACGCAGCUGCUGAGCCUGGACUUUGAUCAGACGGGACAGAUAGCCUCCGCCUCGCUGCAGGUACUCCUACCCGAGCGACAGCGUGCUGGGCGACGGCUAGCGCACGAGCACAGCUUUCAUAUUAUGACGCGACUGCUGGCAGGGGCCGCUGGGCUGCUGCAGAAGGAGCUGCACUUGGAGAACAUCACCUCCGAGGAUAGCCAUCCGUUUAUAUCGCUCUCCCAGAAGCUGGAGGACCGGCAUCGGGCGGCCAAUGACUUUAUGCGCACGGUGCAGGCCUUCGAGUCGCUCAACAUCGAUGCGAAGGCAGUGCGUGGGAUCUGGAGCAUACUUGCGGCCAUCUACCAUCUGGGAAUUGCAGGGGUGACCAAACUGGGAACCGGAUCCACGGCCCGGACGCAGUUUGCCAAUCCAACGGCGGCACGCAAGGCGGCAGGGCUGCUGGGCGUGAACCUCGAGGAUUUGUCGUCGGCUGCCUUUGGCCUCACGCAACCGAAUGCUCCGAAUGGCGGACUGAGUCCCUCGAAGUCGCCCACGUCCGACAAUGGCCACGAGUGGGCCUGGGAGCGCCUGGAGGCGCUGGUCAUUGGCCUGUAUUCGGAGGCCCUGGCCGCCGUGGUGGCUCUGAUCAAUCGUCAGAUCUGUACUUCCGCUCAUACGAUUGCCUCGAUCAUGCUGAUCGAUACGCCCGGCUUCCAGAACCCCGCGAGCUGUGGACAGCAGCUCGGGGCCACUUUGGCCGAUCUGCGGCACAACUAUCUGCAGGAGCGGCUGCAAAUGCUCUUCCAUCACACCACCCUGGUGGCGCCGCGCGAUCGGUAUGCCCAGGAGCUGGUGGAGAUCGAGGCGGAUCAGGCCUCGGAGUGUCACCCGGGUCCGUUGAUCUCGCUGAUCGACAAGGCGCCACAGAAUCAUGUAGUGCGCUCCUCCCAACGCGACCUCCGCGAGCACGAUCGUCGAGGGAUGCUAUGGCUCCUGGACGAAGAGGCUAUUUAUCCGAACUCCAACGACGACACAUUCCUCGAGCGCCUGUUCUCGCACUACGGCGACCGGGAGCACCAUUCGCUGCUGCGCAAGUGCGCCGGUCCUCGGCAGUUUGUCCUGCACCAUCUCCAGGGCACGAAUCCCGUGCUCUAUGCCGUCGAUGGAUGGGUGCGCAACAGUCGCGAGCAUCCAGGCAUACGGAAUGCAGUGUCCCUGCUGCAGGACAGCAGUCGGGAGGAGAUCAAUCGCCUGUACAUUGGCUCCCUGACGCGUGGCUCCGGCGCCAUGGUCUUUUGUGGCUCCUUUGCUGGGCUUGAGGGCACCCAGUCGCUGCGCCGUGUGUCCAGCAUUCGGCGAUCCUUCACUACCGCAGGAGUGAAGCGCAAUUCCAUUAUGCUGCAGGUGAAGUUCACUGUGGAUGGGAUCAUCGACACCCUGCGUCGCACUGGCACCCACUUUGUCCACUGCUAUCUGCUGCAGCACAAUGCCGGAAAGCAGGCCAAAUACACGGCCAAUGGCUCGCCUCACUCCGCGGCGGGUCAGACGGCCAGCGAGGAGGAGAUGGUGAAUGUGCCACUGUUGCGGAGUCAGCUACGUGGCUCUCAAGUGCUGGAGGCAGCGCGUCUCCAUCGUCUGGGCUUCCCCGAAUCUGUGCCAUUGUUGGAGUUUGUGCGUCGCUUUGGCCUCUUGGCCGGCGAACUGGCCAACAACAAGGAUGUGAGCGUGGAGCAGAUACUGGCCAUCAACGAGUUGGAUGUGGCUAGCUAUCGUAUAGGUCCUAGUCAGAUCCUCUUCCGUUCUGGAGUUCUCAGCGAAUUGGAGGCCAAACGCGAUGUCCUGCUCUCGGAUCGCAUCAUACAGCUGCAGGCCUUCUGUCGCGGCUACUUGGCCCGCAAGAAGAUGUCACAGCGAAGAGUUCAGGAACUCGCUGUACGCUGCAUUCAGCGGAAUGUCAAGGCUUUCCUGGCCGUUCGUGACUGGCCCUGGUGGCGUCUGUUGGUUCGAGUGACGCCCCUGCUCAAUGUGCAUCGCACUGAGGAGCAGCUAAAGACCGCCAAUGAGGAGCUACUGAUGCUGCGCGCCAAGCUGGAGAAGAUCGAGUGCGAUCGCAGCGAGGUCAAGGCGGAGAAUCAGAAGCUGGAAGCCAAGCUGUCGGAGCUGACGGUGGAUCUGGCCGAGGAGCGAUCGACGGCCCAUAUUGCCACCGAACGCCUGGAGGCAGAGACCGGCGAGCGUUUGAAGCUGGAGAAGGAGCUCGGUGAGCAGGCUGGCAAGGUGAAGAACCUGCAGGAGACCACAGAGAAGCUGGAGAUGGAGCUGAUCUGCGCCAAGUCCGAUCUGAAUGGCAUAUCAGAGGAUGAGGAAGGCGACAACGAGGAGGGAAGCGGUGGCGUCUACAAGCUCAAGUACGAGCGCGUGGCCCGGGAGCUGGAGUUCACGAAGCGGCGUCUGCAGACGCAGCACGAGCACGAUCUGGAACAGCUGGUCGGGCUUAAGAAGCAAUUGGAGAAGAAGCUUUCGGAUGCCUACGAGGAAGUUGAGGAGCAACGCCAGGUUGUGGGCCAAUGGAAGCGCAAGGCACAGAAGAUGACAAACGAGAUGAACGAUCUGCGCAUGCUGCUCGAGGAGCAGAAUGCCCGUAACAAUUUGCUCGAGAAGAAGCAGCGCAAAUUCGAUGCCGAGUGCCAAUCGCUGCAGGAUGCCUCCAGGCAGGAGCGCCAGGCCAAGGAACGCUAUGGCCGCGAAAAGGAUGUCCUCCAAGCGGAGAAAUUUACCCUAGAGCAAACACUGGCGGACACACGCUUGGAUCUGGACCUCAAGGAGGAGAAGCUUGCCUCGCUGCAGCGCGAACUGGAGGAGAUGACAUUCGGUGGCAGCACCGAGGAAGAGUUUGCCCAACUGCGACGAUCCAAGAACGAGACUGAGCGACGGGCCAAAGAGCAGGAAGAGGAACUGGACGAGAUGGCCGGCCAAAUACAGCUGCUGGAGCAGGCCAAACUCCGUCUGGAGAUGACGCUGGAGACGAUGCGCAAAGAGGCACGCAGAGAAUCACAGCAGCGCGACGAGGAGCUGGAGGAGGUGCGCGGCAAUGGCUACAAGAAGAUAAAGGCGCUGGAGUGCCAGCUGGAAACGGAACACGAGGAGCGCACGCUGCUGUUGCGCGAGAAGCACGAGCUGGAGCGGCGUCUCUCCUCCAUGGAGGACCGCGACCGUGUGGAUCGAGAUGCCGAGGAGGCGCUCAACCAGAAGCUGCGCCGCGACCUGCGCAAAUACAAGGCCCUGCUGAAGGAUGCCCAGACGCAGUUGGAGCGACUCAAAGCGGACACGCCCGGCAAGACGCUGAUUCGACAGCUGCGCAAUCAGCUGGAGGAUGCCGAGUCCGCCCGCAGCCUGGCCAUGAAGGCACGCCAGACGGCCGAGGCCGAGCUGACGGAAGUGCAGGCCAUGUUCGAGGAGUCUCAUCGGGCGCGCAACGAUGCCGAGGAGCGAGCCAACGUGGCGCAUCGCGAUCGGGCCGAGCUGCAGGCCCAGAUCGAGGAGAACGAGGAGGAGCUGAGCGAACUGAUGAAGAAGUACAGUGCCACGGUGAAGCAGCUGAAUUCCGAGCAGAUCAAUGUGUCCGAGGCGGAGUUCAAGCUCAACGAAAUGGAGGCCGAGCGCAACAAUCUGAAGGAGCAGGUGGGAGAGCUCCAGCACAGGCUGGAUAAUGUAGAGAACCUGGGUGAUCCCUCCAUGGCCAUGAUGUCCAAGCGCUUGGAGCUGCGCACCAAGGAGCUGGAGUCCCGCCUCGAGCUGGAGCAGGCAACGCGUGCCCGCCUCGAGGUGCAGGUGAACCGUCACAAGGAGGCCCUGGAGAAGCUGCAGAACGAGGUCACCCAGUCGAAAAUGCGCGAAAUGCAAGCCCAAGAAAUGCUCAAGAAGUCGCAGAAGAGUCUGCGCGACAUGCGCGAGGAGUAUCACACGGUCUCGAGUCGCGAGCAGGAGUCGCUGACGCGUCGCAAGGAUCUCGAGAAGAAAAUGGAGCAAAUGGAGUCGGAGGGAGCGGCCCUAAAGAACGAUCUGCGCCUGGCCCUGCAACGGAUAGCGGAUCUGCAGCAGGCCAUGGAGGAAGAGGGCGAGGAAGAGCUAAGCGAGAGCGAUGAGAGCAUCAGUUCGGUGGGCUCCAUCAGCGACCUGGAGGACCGACUGCGACCGGUGCAUGUGAAGCGCAGCUCGCAGCAGUCCUUAAACGGCGGUAGCCUUGUGGGGCCCAGCCACACAAGGACCUUGGUCUGCGAAAAGGACGACAACAGCCCUAGAAUAACAGUGACGUCGCCGUCGUCGCCACACAUUCAUAAAAUGGCACUGGCGGCCAAAGCCAUACCGGCCACCAAACCGGACACAAAAUUAGCAGAAGCAACUGCAACAGCAACAACAGCGGCAGCAGCUACAACCAUCUGGAGGCCAAAGGCAACAUCCACACCGACGACGAUGACUCUAAGACCGGUGGAUGUUCAACAGAAUGGCCAGAAGCCGUAGAUGAACCCUUCGCCCUUGUUUGUGGCUCUCGUGGCUGUAGUUUGUAAUUUGUAUUUUAAUUUUUUUGAUUAUUUAUUAGUUGUUUAUGAUUACUAUUUGAUUACUGUUUAGUUCAAUAUGUUUAACUAUUUAUUAUCGAAAUAUAGCUACAUGAUAUACAAUA